UUCUUCCCUCUUCCGUUGCAGGCUUUUCGAGGCAAAAAUAAAAAGAGAAAUCUCUAGAUCCUGGAAUUAGGGUUUUGUCUCCUUGUAUCUCGAAUUCUUUUCUAUGAUUUAGGGGUUGAUCCCUGUGCAGUUGGCGCGAUUGCUACAUUUGAUGACUUUUUUGGCUUCAUUGAUGAAAUUAGAAGCUAUAGAUACAGGGGGUUAGGGUUUUCUCUCUAAUAGCUUGAUUUUUUCUUGAUUUAGAGUUAUAUUCCCUCUAAGAUUGGCGCCAUUAUCAUUUUGGUGUGCCUUUUGGAUUCCUUGAGAUAUGAAGGCAUUUGUGUAGGAAUGCGUGCUGAAAUAGAAAAUGGAAGGUUUUUAGGUGUGAGGUCGUUGAUCUGGUGACUUGAGGGCUUGACUUGCAAUCGUGUGGCUCUGAUCAGUGUGGAGAAUUGUAUGGUUCGUGAAAUUACUGAUAUAAUUGGUGCAAUUUGUUGAUUUACCAGGAUAAUGCAGGGUUCUAUUUUUCUAGUGACUCUGGUUGACCAGUAGUUUUUUCUGAUCAUCUGAUUAAAUUUUCAUAUUUGGGAGAAUUUUAGGUUUUCUCUGAUGAGGAUCGAGUGAUUGAUAUUUGGAUUUCAUUAAUUUAGCCAUGGAUUUUUCUUUUCAAAAUGGAAGACAUGGAAGUACUCACUCUUAUCAUGAUAGUGAUUUAGAAGGGAAUGGUGUUAGAGAUUUGGAUAAGAGGUUCAUGGCUGUGCCUUCCAAUUCAUCUGCUAUCAUGUCUUCCUCAGGAGUAAACUAUAUAGAGCAUCACAUCUCGAAAAUGGAUACUCUCGCCGGUGUGGCGAUCAAGUAUGGAGUCGAGGUAGCUGAUAUAAAACGAAUGAACGGUCUCGUAACAGAUCUGCAGAUGUUUGCUCAUAAAUCACUUCAGAUACCACUACCUGGGCGGCAUCCGCCAUCUCCUAUCGUGUCAAAUGGUUCCAAUAGUCUGAGUAAUGGAACAGGAGGUCCGACCCAACAACGCCGGCCAAAAGCCGGUCAUAGCAGUAAUGUUGCUGAGCUAGUCCAGUCGCUCAAGCUCAAAUUUCCACAACAAAGAAGAGUCUCUCCAGCCAUGAGCAGCUUACAAGGCUACUAUGGCCUCUCACUUUCCAAAGCAAAUAGCAAUUAUACCAAUAAUGAGGGCAUGGAGAUGGCCACUUACAAAACAGGAAGCAGCAGUCGAGGCAAGUCUUUAGAGGAUGAGCCGCAGUCUCUACCCUUCGAUUUCCCUGUUAACAAGCAUCGGAAGUCCAGGAGCCUCAUCAAUGGGUUCUUGCCUGAGAGUAAUGGGUUAUUGCCGGAGGAUGUCCCUAUGUCAGGAGCCGGUGACUCAGAGAGUGAGAGAUCAGGCGAGAAGUCAGUAAGAAGGCGGCAAAAGACUGAGAGUACCCUUGUGGGGGAUGCACCUCCAUCUAAGGUGAGUCCAGCCCCUAGGCGCAAUAGGGCCUCUUCCUCUAACUUAAGGGAUGGGGAUGGGGCUCAUGUGAAUGCUUUGCCCUUUGGUGACUCGUUUAUGGCCGAUGGCUUUGGUGCGGUGCGCAAGUCCUCAAGCACAUCGAAUUUGCAGGACCAAGAUAACGUCUCGCCCCUUAGGCUGGGGGGCCCUAAGCGGGCCUUGAAGCCCGAUUUCCAGUCUCUCUCUGCGGCAACCAUUGCGAGGCCCAUUUUUGAUGGGCUUCCCAAGCCCAUGGGUUGGAGGAGCAAGGCGGCUCUUGACUAGCUGUUGCCCUAGGCAUGUUUGGUAUAGUUAGUGCAUAUACUGUAUGUACACAGUUUAAAAGCAUGAUCUGGAAACAAGAGAUUCAAUUCAUUCAAAUUCACACGAGGAAGGUUACUUGCCGAGAACGAGUUGGGCCUUCCAAUUUACAGCGUAGCUUUUGCAUCGAAAGUGGGUAAUAAGCGAGCUCAACAGCAUCUCUUCGGAGCAAGAGUAUGGAUGAAACAAUGGAGAGUGCCAAAAGGUAAAUGUUUUAUGGUCUGGGUUGCUGCCAUGUUACUACUCUCAACCACUAUUUCAUGCUGUGGUUAUAGGAAUGAAUGAUUAGUUGUUUAUUAUAUUAUCGUGCAAUUCUCCUUUUUAUCUUUUUUGUAUUUAUUCAAAGCCCAUUGUUUUGAUUUAAAUGUGCCAUUCGCACUACUUUGGAAAAUGGUGCUUUAUGCAAACCCCAAUAAUGCAUUGUUGUUGUGUUUUAUUGCUUC